AUGUCACAAAAGGAAUGGAUUAAACACAGACGUUCUUUUUUUUUCCUUUUUUCUUUCUCCUGUGCUCUUGCUUUCGCUUUCUCUCGUCAACGUUCAAAUAAAAAAUCUACACUUAUCUAUCUAUCUAUCUAUCUAUCUAUCUAUCUAUCUAUCUAUCUAUCUAUCUAUCUAUCUAAUACUAUUAAUAACAAGAUAGUUCGCCAACUCCAUUCGCCAACUCCAGUUUAUAUCUAUAUACAUAUAUUUAAUAUAUUUAUUCAUUCUAUCUAUCUAUCUAUCUAUCUAUCUAUCUAUCUAUCUAUCUAUCUAUCUAUCUAUCUAUCUAAUACUAUUAAUAACAAGAUAGUUCGCCAACUCCAGUUUAUAUCUAUAUACAUAUAUUUAAUUCAUUCUAUCUAUCUAUCUAUCUAUCUAUCUAUCUAUCUAUCUAUCUAUCUAUCUAUCUAUCUAUCUAAUACUAUUAAUAACAAGAUAUUUAUAUCUAUAUACAUAUAUUUAACUCUAUCUAUCUAUCUAUCUAUCUAUCUAUCUAUCUAUCUAUCUAGCUAUCUAAUACUAUUAAUAACAAGAUAUUCGCCAACUCCAGUUUAUAUCUAUAUACAUACAUUUAACUCAUUCUAUCUAUCUAUCUAUCUAUCUAUCUAUCUAUCUAUCUAUCUAUCUAUCUAUCUAUCUAUCUAUCUAUCUAUCUAUCUAAUACUAUUAAUAACAAGAUAG